AGGCUGGGCGAGGAUUUCUACCGAGAGGCAAUCGAGCAUUGUCGCAGCUACAACGCACGCCUGUGUGCGGAACGCAGCAUGCGACUGCCCUUCCUCGACUCACAGACCGGUGUCGCCCAGAACAACUGCUACAUCUGGAUGGACAAGACCCACCGCGGACCAGGCUUGGGUCCGGGGCAGUUGUACACCUACCCUGCCCGUUGCUGGCGUAAGAAGAGACGUCUCAACAUCCUGGAAGACCCACGACUCAGACCUUGUGAAAUCAAACUCGAUACGGAGGUGACACUGAAGAAGGAGGGCCUGCUUCCAGAGGGACCUGCGCUGGAGGCCCUGCUCUGCAGUGAGACGGGGGCAGAGAAGAAAGCGGAUACGAAAGAUGAGGAGAGCAUCAGUGAAUGUCAGAGGAUUUUGGCGAGCGAUUUUCCCCACGAUAUCGAGGUGGAUGAUCUGGAAGAAGAUGCACCGAAGCGGAAAAGCAAAACUAAAGGGCGGACCUGUGGCAUCGGGGGGAUGAGAAAGAGACAGGAGCCAACAUCACUGGAGGACAGGGACAAGCCGUACGUUUGUGACAUCUGUGGGAAACGCUACAAGAACCGUCCGGGACUGAGCUACCACUACACUCACACUCACCUGGCAGAAGAGGAGGGAGAGGACGAGCUGGAGCGACACACUCUGCCCUUCCACCGCAAGAACAACCAUAAACCCCGCAGAGGCCCAGACGGCAGCACCAUCCCCAGCAGUUACUGUGAUUUCUGCCUGGGUGGGACCUCUGGGAACAAGAAGACAGGGUUUCCCGAAGAUCUAAUUUCCUGUGCGGAUUGUGGUCGCUCUGGUCAUCCCUCCUGCCUGCAGUUCACGGUGAACAUGACAGCGGCUGUGAGGACCUAUCGCUGGCAAUGUAUCGAAUGCAAGUCCUGCAGCCUCUGCGGCACCUCCGAGAACGACGACCAGUUACUGUUCUGCGAUGAUUGUGAUCGAGGGUAUCACAUGUACUGCCUGAGCCCCCCAAUGUCCGAACCCCCAGAAGGCAGCUGGAGUUGCCACUUGUGCUUGCAGCAGCUGAAGGAGAAGGCGUCUGCCUACAUAACUCUAACCUAGUGAGUUGUCACCGUUGUUGGCAUCUGCUGCCAAUGACCCGGGGAAGCCACGGACCGGCCACCGCAAGCCCCCUCUCUCAGCGGCGCCCGUUCCACAGGGAAGGCACAAACUGUUGUAAGAUAGCCGCCUGCGAUUGCCCCCCCCCCACCUCCCCCCCCGCCACCCCUCUCCCCGAGGGGUCAGAACGCAGUGACUGGGGGGGGCGCGCACAUUCCAUCUCCGUGCCGUGAUUUAACCCGCGCUCGAUACGGACGUUGGCGUUUCGCCGCGAUUUGUUUGUUGCUCUGUGGAGCCCGAUCCCUCCCCUCCGCCCCGCAACCUUCUCCAGAGACAAUGGGGAGAUUGCCAACGAAACGGGAAGGGAAGAUCGAAGCGCCGGGGUCGGAGAAGCUCCGGAUUUGGGUUUUGAGCCCGGGGGGUCUGGGCACGGACUGGGCGAGGCGAGGAAACAACAUCUUCCCUCUGGAUUCUGAGGUGCCCACAACUGCCCGGUCAAUGUUUGCUGCAUGUCGACUAUUGGCAAACCAGUUUUUUUGGAAUUGGGAAAAAAUUGGAAUUGAAGACAGGAAUCCGACCCCCAGAAAUAUCUUCAACGUGAAGUGGGGGGGGUUGCUUGUAUAAAUGCAUGGCGUGAUGUAGAUGUUCUCCCCCCCCCCCCCCACAACCCUUGAGUGGCCACAGGGAGAGAGCGAUGAGUCCGUGGAGGUGUGCAGGUUCACCCUAGUUGCAACUGGAGCCUUGCACCUGGAUUUAUGCAGGUGGUUCCUGAGGGGCAUGGAUGUGGACCCAAGUGGAGUCCAUGCCCGAACAUCUGAUAGACCUUUGCAACAUCUCCCCCCCCACCUCCUCCCGUCUGCUUUUGAACCCCCCACAUCCACGUCGGGACUCUCCUGCCAAGACGACUGGAAGCGCUGAGAGAACUUUGCGAGAAGCUGGUGACCGAUUCCCCUCUCCAGCCGGGCUAGAACGAGGAUUGAGGACUCCAUCUCCAUCCCUUCUGGACUCAACACCUGACGAAGAAACACUAAGAUACAUGUGCGAACUUUCUUAAGCUGAUGUGUGGAUAUAUUGACUGGGUGCGAUUAGCCCUUUGGUUAAGACUGGAUAAUGGCACAUUGGAUUUUCAUAAGUGACAGGAGCAGAAUUAGGCCAUUCGGCCCAUCGUCCAUUCAAUCACAGCUGCUCUAUCUCUUCCUCCUGACCCCAUUCUCCUGCCUUCUCCCCAUAACCUCUGACACCCGAGGUAUGCAAAGAAUUGCCACAUAAAGGGCAACGACAAUGUUACAACGUAUCUGCGGCAGGUCCUCCCUUGUUCUUCCUCUCCGCACGGUGGUCCCCACACGCAGAUGGGAUGGGAUGGGAUCAGAUGGGACGAGAUGGAGUGAGAUGAGAUGGGAUAGGAUCGGAAGAUGGGAUGAGAUGGAAUGGGAUGGGGACGAGAUUCCUGGUGGGUCUCCACAGCGACAGUGCAGACACAAACACUGACCUUGGCUCUGCCCACGGUGGCAGGGAUUGGCGCUGACACGCGCUGGUGACUGCGCGCGUUCCCCAACGUGUGCUAGAGCCUGUGGGCCGGUGAGCUAGCGGGCGCUGCUCGUCACCCAUCGGUUUGUCCCCUCAGCCCAUCUCCUCCCCACCCCCGCGCUUCCUGUCACCCCCCCCCCUCCCCCCCCCCCAGCUGUGUAUUUGCACAUCUGCCAAGAGCCGAGAGCUGCGUCAAUCCAGGUGUCACUGCAGAAAAUGCAGAAAAGGUCGCAAAGUCCUCAACGAUGUCGCCAGUGUUGGGCCCAGUGUGUGCUUGUGCUGUUGCCUGCGAAGUGUGUAAAAUGUGGUAAGUGUCUUAAACCGGACUAGCUGCUGUUAAAUGUCACCACCUCCUUCUGAAACUACGAAAUGUUCUGUGUGGGAAGGAACUGCAGAUGCUGGUUUAAACCGAAGAUAGACACAAAGUGCUGGAGUAACGCAGCGGGACAGGCAGCAUCUCUGGAGAGAAGCAAUGGGUGACAUUUCGGGUCGAGACCCUUCUUCAGAUAUGUUUUGUGGACGUGUCUCGUCCUCUGAGUCUGACCUGGUAGAAGGGUCUCGACCCAGAACGUCCCCUAUCCAUGCCCUCCAAAGAUGCUGCCUGUCCUGCUGAGUUACUCCAGCAUUUUGCGUCUAUCUUCGAUGUAAACCAGCAUCUGCAGUUCCUUCCUACACAGCCCAACUGUGACCUGACUCCAGGUCAGUGUAACCUGGUGAACUCUCACCUCCCUGGGUCAGCCCUAAGUCUCCUGCCUCUGGUACCAUCUCCAUGCCCAGAGUCAAUGGUCAAGAAUCCUCCACUGUCCUAGAUGCCAACAAUGGGACUAUAACAUUCUUACUGGCUGCAGUUGAACGCACUUAUUCACGCAAUAACACACAGAUAAUGUAGAAUAGUCUGCUCCCUCACCGACUACCCCCCCAUAGUGUGGCACUCCCUCUGUACAGCCCCUCUCUCCGCACUGCCAUUCCCAAAAGUCUAGACACCUGGGUAGUCUAGACACUUGGGUAGUCUAGACACUUGGGUAGUUUAGACACUUGGGGAGUCUAGACACUUGGGUAGUCUAGACACUUGGGUAGUUUAGACACUUGGGUAGUCUAGACACCUAGGCAGUCUAGACACUUGGGUAGUCUAGACACUUGAGGAGUCUAGACACUUGGGGGGUCUAGACACUUGAGGAGUCUAGACACCUGGGCAGUCUAGACACUUGGGAAGUUUAGACUCCUGGGCAGUCUAGACACCUGGGCUUUCUAGGCACUUGGGCAGUCUAGAUAUUGAACAGUCUGGACACUUGGGAAGUUUAGACACCUGGGCAGUCUAGACACUUGGGAGGUCUAGACACUUGGGCAGUCUGGACACUUGGGAAGUUUAGACACCUGGGCAGUCUAGACACUUGGGGACUCUAGACACUUGGACAGUCUAGAUAUUGAACAGUCUAGACACUUGGGCAGUCUAGACACUUGGGAAGUCUGGAUACUUGGGCAGUCUAGACACUGGGGUAGUCUAGACACUUGGGCAGUCUAGACACUUGGACAGUCUAGAUAUUGAACAGUCUAGACACUUGGGGAGUCUAGACACUUGGACAGUCUAGAUAUUGAACAGUCUAGACACUUGGGCAGUCUAGACACUUGGGAAGUCUGGAUACUUGGGCAGUCUAGACACUUGGGUAGUCUAGAUACUUGAAUUCCAGCCUCUCAUUUGGGACUUGGACAGUCUAGAUAUUGAACAGUCUAGACACUUGGGGAGUCUAGACACUUGGGCAGUCUAGACACUUGAAUUCCAGCCUCUCAUUUGGGACUUGGACAGGUGGAACAUUGGGACUGACUCGGGUAAAUGUGAGAGGCCUUGGGUGGGCUUUGAAGGGUUAAAUGACGGAGUUAGUCAACCUCACGAACCAUGGAAGGAGACCCCGGCAAUUUAACAGCGGUUUUUAAGACAAAAUAAAAGAUGAAUAAAAUAAUUGCUGUGUAAAAAA